AUGCCAAAACGGGUUUGUCUUGGUUUCGACAGAAAUCCGAUGAACUACCCAAAGUUUUUAGAAAAUUUCAAGACUAACAUUGAAGAAUGGGAACAAGAACCAAGAUCCAGGUUAGCUUAUCUUAUUCAGCUUUGUUCUGGUAUUGCGAAAGAUGCCAUUAGUAACUGUGUGAUGUUGCCUGAUGAAGAAGGAUUCUCGAGGGCUAAAGAAAUACUCCAUAAUUCGUUUGGUCAAAGUCACAUAAUCACGCAUGCGUAUAUCGACAAAGUGACGAAGGGAGGUUUAAUUAGAGACGGUGAUAGCGAGAAGUUAUUACAGCUCGCUCGAGAUAUGGAGAAUUGUCAGAUCAACUUGACUCAACUCGGCUGCGAGUCUGAAAUUAAUGCUCAGUGCCGCAGUCCAAAGAAGAGAAAGAAUCUCUGAAGGUCGAAGAACAAGUUGACAAGGAUAACAAGACAGAAGGAGAAACAAGUAAAGGACAUUGCACAGCCACUGGGGCCGGUAGGCCAGGAGUUCGUUUACGUGUAAUCCCUGUGACAGUUCGUGGUAUCGAUGAAGCACACGAAGUUCAAACAUAUGCGCUGUUAGACGAUGGGUCAGAUGUAUCUCUAUGCGAUAGUAGUCUCGUUAAGCGACUCGGAAUUACAGGCGUUCCAACGACAUUCUCCUUAACAACAGUGAACCAAGGAACGAAAGAGAAUGUUGGAGAAGAAGUCAGAUUGAUAGUCUCAGAUCUAGACGGGAAUGAGAACAUCGACAUCACCCGGGCAUGGACUGUCAACAAUCUGCCUAUUUCCAAAAGAUCAAUCCACACAACUAACGACGUAUUUGGUUGGUCUCAUUUGGAUGGAAUCAUGUUUCCAGAGUUGGAAAACGAAAACGUUAGUAUAAUCAUUGGUAGUGAUGUCCCAGAACCCAUUGCGAGGUCGCCCAAAAAUUUCCAUUGAAAAAAAAUUCCGGUAGAUUUAAAGUUUUGCUCCGAUAGAGGUGCCCUUGGUGUGCGUCCGCACCCCUUUGCCUUAUUAUCGUUCCGGCGUCCCUGCUAAUACGCAUUGAUUUAUUGAACAAUUCACAUAGACAUGGAGCUUUUUGAGAUGCAUUUGGUCACCAAGGAGGAGAUGGGUCACCAAGGGCAAGGCUGUCUAAUCGCGAUAUCAUAUCCUCAGUAAUGUUCAGUGACAGUGCACAAACUAUGUUAUGAUUUUCAUCAUUCGAAUUUCGCUCAUUCGUAGCCGUCAUUUAAAACUCAAAUCGGUUUCGAAAUACAACCAUCUUUUAUGUCCUGAAAAAUUUUCAUGUCCUUUACCCCGCCCCCCCCCCCCCCCCACCCCCUCGCCAACAAUUUUUGGAAAAAUAAUAAAAUUGGAGCAAGGGAUUAUUAAAAAAAAAAUUAUGACACAAGCAAAAUAUUUUGAAAAAAUAAUCGUACAGUUUGGAAAUGUCCCCCACCCCCAUCACUUUUCUAAUGGUCCGGCCCUUAUAAUAGGGUACUACCACUCUAUGUCGUUCAGUGUCAGUAUUUACGACCGUUCAAGUACGACGAAAACGUGAAGCAAUCGCAUCAAUUAAACUCAGAAACACGACAAAUGCAUUCUAUUAACAAGUUAGAUAUAUUUUUUACAUAUAUUGUUAAUAUUUUUUGAAUUAUUUCGUUAUUAAAUAUUAUAACAGUUAAAUAUUCCGUAUAAAUAUUCAAAAAAGCCACCCUGAGAUCGAACAGAAUACACUCAUUUGGUUCCCUGGUUGGCGCAAUACAUGUGCAUUUGUUUGAUAACAUGUUACACUUUGGCACUUUGCCCGAACUCUUUGCCCGAACUCAUUCGCGUUUGGUAUGCAUGCAUGCAAAAGCCGAGGUAUAACAUUACAAUACUGCACGUGAUUUUCUGAGAACAACUAAACAUGGAUUACCUGGAAAACAUUGUUUACGACUGUUGAUUAAAUUCCGAAUCACAAAACCGGAAAAAUAAAUUUUCACAUGACUAUAUAAAUUCACUUCACAGUUCAAUCAAGCAUCAAGUUGGAGAAAGAUUUUGGAAGGCUCACUAAUACGUCUUUUCGGAUUAUUUGGUGAAGCGGUUAUAUUGGUAAGUUCCUUUUAAAUUCUAGAUCUGCUGUAUCUAUCAGGAUCUUUAGCGACUAUUACAUUCUUGCUAUGUUUACUUCAGUGUCCGGUCGCCGCUUCUCUAGCUGCCUGAAAAACAGCCUGGUACUUCUUGUCUGCGGUUUAAGUCGAUGUGACGAUGUAUUCAUAAGUUUACAACACAUAUUAAAUAAAAACAUAGUUUCACAACAUGUGAAAUACAUAUACGGCCUAUGCUGAAACGUACAUAUUGUACUGAAAUGCUCAAAAGACAAAGUAAGCACUGAAAAUCCCUCUUAUUCAGUAUACUUUAUGAAUUAUGUGCAAAUUCUCUGUAGUAUACUUUAUGUGCAAAUUCUCUGUAGUAUAUACUUUAUGUGCAAAUUCUCUGUAUACUUUAUGUGCAAAUUCUCCGGAAUUUUGCGCGCGGAGCGGAAAUUUUCUUUGUCUUGUGAUUUCUAGGGACUCAGGUGGAACUAAUUGGAAAAGACAAAGAGAUAUUCCGUCCGCGCGCAAAAUUCCGCCUUGUGGAAAACGGCCUUAAUGCGCAAAUUCUCAGUAUACUUUACGAAUUAUGUGCAAGUUCUCAGUGUAUGUGCAAGUUCUCAGUAUACUUUAUGUGCAAGUUCAGUAAAUUCUCAGUGUACAGUUUCAUAUCAUAUCAUAUCAUAUAUAUCAUAUAUCACGAGGAAACCAUGUUGACAAGGUCAAGGAUUUAUUCGGCGACAGAAAUAUGAUUUUUAAUAUUUUUGAAGACACAGCGUACCAGAACUUUCGAAACCAGAGAUAGCAGAGAUAUAGGUCUAUAAUUUUCCACAAACUCCUGGUCUCCUUUUUUAUAAAGCAGGAACAACAUUAGCAACUAGCAAGUGUCCAAUCAAAUGGUACAAGGCUAAUACUCAAUGAUUUAUUGAACAAUUCACAUAGACAUGGAGCUUUUUGAGAUGCAUUUGGUCACCAAGGAGGAGAUGGGUCACCAAGGGCAAGGCUGUCUAAUCGCGAUAUCAUAUCCUCAAUAAUGUUCAGUGACAGUGCACCAACUAUUUUAUGAUUUUCAUCAUUCGAAUUCCGCUCAUUCGUAGCGGUCACUUAAAACUCAAAUCGGUUUCGAAAUACAACCAUCAGGGUCAUUCAGGGACGUUGCGAAGCAUCUGAAGUUGGGGGGGGGGGGGUGGAUGUCGGAGGAUUUUACCUGAAAUUUGAAUUUCAAUGUCAAAAAUUUACCUGAAGUGUAAUAAUUAUAAUAAAGCUUUUGGUGAUUGAUUUGCACUGAAUUGAACAAGUUUCAGGAGAAAAGAGUGUGUGUGGGUCCUCUCCCCGAAAAUUUCACAUUUAUCAAGAUCUAGGACUGAAUUUCUGGCAUUUUCUAAAGCAAAUUUGCAAACAAAUUGCAUAUAAAUUGCCUGUAUUUUACAAAAAUGGUUAUCAUUUCCCAAAAAUAAUUACUUUAUUACGCAAAUUUUGCCUGAAAAUGUCAAAAUUUUAACCGUUAAUUUUACAUAAUUUUUGCCUGAAUUUCACAGUAGGGGUGGGUUACAACACUCCCCGGUCGCUACGUCCCUUGAAGAGAUAUAAUGACUUAAAUUUCUAAAAAUCCUCCUUUUUGUUCUAUAUUUAGUAACAAUAUGUCGGAUUUUUCAGCAUUUGUAUAUCUAUGUCUUCCCAUAAAAUGGUAGUAUAUUUAGAAACAAAUUUCAGUUUUAAAGUACCCUUAGUCUGCUCUAAUCUUCUAAAUGGAUUUAUAAAAUCACCAACAGCUUAUUUUCAAUUUUUUGGCGCCAAGUUUGUGACGUAAUUUACCCGCCAAAAAGUAGCAAUUCCAGAAACAAAAAACAUACGAUUUGUAAGAACGAUAUGUUCUAUAUUCGCCGGAAAAUUUGGUAGAAAUAGAAUGAAAAUUUCAGAAGUUGAAGCAUAUUGGUGCUUUUGUAUGCAUUUUUGACAGGCGUGUUGCAGCCUUCUUUUACGUAUUCCAUGUGGAGCUCACCCAUGUCAGUUAAUAUAGAAUAGAUGGUUUGGAAGUCAUUAGAAUAGCAAUAUAACUCAUUAUCUAUGUUAGUCAACGUUUAUUCGUAAAUAUGUUCCUUCACCGUCACGUGUGUAUUAUAUUUUUGCCAUGUCCACCAAUAGCAAUAUAUAAUUUACCCUUAAAACUUUGAAAAGUUUAUAGCCCCCCCCCUUCAGUAUAUCGAGAACUUUCGGAGCCCCCCCCCCCCUUUAGUGCCAGAAAAUAUUUCGGUGCCCCCCUUAACAUCUUCAAUCACCCCUUCGGCAUAAUAAAUGUACUUUCCCUAAGUCGUAUUAAUGUUUUUAGUCGUUUAAUUAGGACUUGUAUUUCACUCGUGUUCCAUUCGUGUUCAUUCGUGUUCUGACUCGUGUGGAGUUAAAUUAGAUCAAACUUUAGGUGCAAAUUCUCAGUGUACUUUAGUACUUACGUAAAUCAAACAUUGUAGUACACUGACUGGCCAUAAUGUUCCCGUAACGGAAUCGUCACGAAUUCGGAAACGUCGGUGUCAGAUAGGUAAUAGAGAAUUUAACUGAGAUGUAAAAAACACACUCUAAAUUGGCAGCGUCCGCAACACGGGUAAAAAUCUGGAUUAUUUUUGUCAACAAAGAAGGAUACAGGUGAAAAACAAAUUUAUGGUGAUAAAUCCAAUAGAAAAGCAUAAGUAACUGUCUUUUUGUCACGUCCGCGUAUACUAGAUUUAGCUCAUCCAGGGCUCAUCUUAACUAAAAGUUCGCUAAUGCGUUGUGCAGCUUUCUUAUAAGCCAUAUUUAGCUAUUGUUUCAUUUAGAUCUUCAUAGGGUCUGGAAAGUAGGCCUUUAUACCGUGAAAUAUUGUAUAACCCUAUAUAUUAUUUUUAUAUAAUAAUAAUCCAUAAUAUAAACCACGAAAUGACUUCCAUAAAUGACUUCUUUUUCCCAAAGCGUGCAUGGUCAAAUUUUUACCUACUUUCCAGUCCUGUAAAUAUCUAAAAAAAACAAUACCUAAAUAAGGCUUAUAAAGGCCUGAUUCCACGGGCGCUUUUUCUCGGCGAAAUGCGAAAUAUUUCGCCUGUUUCUUUUGAAUUGUGGGCAAUCAAGUAGAAAUAAUUUAUUCGAGUGGUCGCAAUUCAAAAGAAACAGGCAAAAUAUUUCGCUAAGAAAAAGCGCUCGUGGAAUCAGGCCUAAUUAAGAAAGGCACACAACGCAAAAUCCCGAACGCCUGUGGAGGUCCAAUUAUCUGUUUCUAGAAUACAAUAGAUGAAGAGGCCAAAACGAAACCAAAUAGCCAAACUGAUUUUUUAAGGCCAAGUAAAAAGAAGCCAAAAUCUAGUUAUUUGGCCUCCAAGACGCCAAUCUACCAACCCUGACACCGACAAUUUCCGAAUUCGUGACGAUUCCGUUUCAGCACAACUGCAACGCUCAUGAAGUUGUAUGUACUACUCAUAUUCAUCAAGAGAGAUUUAGUUUGUUAUAACCUAAUGUUAUUAUCGUUAUUACCCAUCUAGCUUUGUGUUGGAAAUGGCCAAGCCUGUUGUGGAAGCUUCUGCUUUACCAGAAAGCAUAUGUGGCAAAGACACACGUUAUCAACUAGUGCCGAUGACAUCUCCACCAUAUAA